GACCGGACGACUGAACCGGCCCGACUCGUUCACUUCAGACUGUCCCCUCCUUCAAGCCAUCGUUCACCAAAACCAGCUCAAAUUUCUCUCUCUCAAAAUAUUGCUUUUCAUAAAUUUUCACGUCUGCAUCACUAUCUAAUCUGAAUGUCGAUCUUUGAGUAUAAUGGGAGCGCCCUGGUAGCGAUGGUGGGGAAGAACUGCUUCGCUAUCGCCAGCGACCGGCGGCUCGGCGUGCAGCUGCAGACGAUCGCCACUGAUUUCCAGAAGAUUUAUAGGAUCCACAAUAAGCUCUUCAUCGGUCUCGCUGGCCUUGCUACUGACGCGCAGACUCUGUAUCAGAGACUUGUAUUCAGAAACAAGUUAUAUCAUCUUAGGGAAGAGAGGGACAUGAAGCCUGAAACAUUUGCUAGCCUUGUAUCUGCAGUUCUCUAUGAAAAAAGGUUUGGUCCAUACUUUUGUCAACCUGUUAUUGCUGGACUGGGGGAUGAUGACAAACCCUUCAUUUGCACCAUGGAUUCCAUUGGGGCAAAGGAACUUGCCAAAGAUUUUGUUGUCGCUGGAACUGCCUCUGAAUCACUCUAUGGUGCCUGCGAAUCAAUGUUCAAACCUGACAUGGAAGCUGAGGAAUUGUUCGAGACCAUCUCACAAGCUCUGAUAUCUGCAGUAGACCGUGACUGUUUGAGCGGCUGGGGAGGACAUGUGUAUCUCGUCACUCCGACAGAAGUUACAGAGAGAAUUCUCAAGGGAAGGAUGGAUUGAUUUCUCAAGCAGCAAAACUAGAAGGCUAUUUUUCGUUUUUAAUAGCGACUUGCUUUAUGUUGUUGGGACAAUCCGUUGAUUGUUGGUGAUUUCAUGUCUAGUGCUAGCUUUUGUCCCUGUCUCAAAACUUCAAAUUUCUUAACAUAUCAUUAGCAAUGUGGAGAUUUCAAAACAGACAAUUAUUGUGUUGUUACCAUAUUGCCGUGAUUCGAUGUCCUACUCAUUUCAAAUCUUUAAA